UUGCAAAAAAAUGUGUCUCUUUUCCAGGAGAAGCUAUUAAUUGUGCAGGUUGCUGGCCGUUUGCUCAAUAGAGGUCAGAAUACAUCUGCAGGCCUCUGGGCUUACGGAUAUGUACAACAAGAAGAGCCAUUCAGUGUCGUAUUUGAUCGUAUAACAGACGAUGAGGGAAAAUUUAGCGAAGACGCCAACAAUAUUAUGACUUUUGGUGAACAUUUGAUGCCAUCUGACAAUGAUGAGUAUGUAUGA